AGCAAAGAAAGAUUUCAAAUCACCCUGUACGCACUACAUGUACUCUGCCAUUCUGCGUGUAAGACACGAAUAUAUAGUUCAUCGAAUAGCAAGAGUCAGCGUGAUUCGUAUUUUAAGAAUCCCACAAACCUGAACCAAGGCUGGACUUCGUUGCUGUGGCAAUAGGCAGAUUGCUGAAAACCAAAUAUCGUGUAAGAAUGUACAUCACAUUCGACGCUUAAAGUGAAGAUAUCGUUCCUGGUAGAAGUGAGAUAGCCGAAGAGAAAUCCCAUCACUGCACAAUUUAACUGGACGUAGUAUCAGUACGACCAUUUACAGCGUCAUGGCGGAAAGUGUGCUAAUUGCGACAAAAUACUCCAUCACCGUUUGCUGUGCAGUAGCCCUAGUCGAGAAUCUCCUUGUGAUUGCAGUGUUCGCUGGAACUAAAAAGCUCCGCAUCAAAUACUACGCUUUCGUCUUCAACCUGGCUUUGGCUGACCUCAUGUAUGCCGUUUUAGGAAUAGCCAUUCCUUGGAUCAGGUUAUUUAUACUUGAUGGUCUUUAUGCCACAUCGUACACAGUUUCAAUAUUAACUAUAUUCUGUGCUGCUAUCAAUCGUUAUCUAGCCCUGUCCAUUAUGCCACCGGCUCGGUACGAUUCACUGGUGACUAAAUAUCGUCUUAUCGGAGUUUGCGUCCUUCUUUGGUGCUUUGCUCUUGCUUAUGGUUUAUUGACAUAUUUAGUAGCUUCACCUACAUUUGAGGUUUUUGACGCGAUAACGAGCCUUGGUUACUCAAUGGUGGUGUUUAUUGUUUGGGUUAUCACCGCGCUUGCGUAUUUCUUGGCUUUCCGUAAAAUCAAACAGUACACUCCACCUCUUGCAUCCACGGCAGGCAUCAGUGCCAAUAUGGAGCGAGACCAAACCCGAGUCCGGCAGACUCGUCGUCUAUUAAUCCUGUUUGUUCUCAUUCUUGUGACGGCAUUCUUUUCUUGGAUGCCGUAUGGCAUUCUCUCAUUGAUUGCCUACUUCAACCCAUACCUUUAUUACGAUAGAACUUACGUGGCAUUGUUUUGGGUUGGUACCUUGCUUUACACUCUGUCUACUGUAAUCAAUCCUUUGCUUUACUGGUGGCGUCUAGAUGGUUUCAAAGAGGGUUUUUAUGCAUUGUUCUGUCGUUGUGUCAUUAAGGCGGAACCAAGAGAAACUGAAGUCGAAAGAUCUGAGAAUGAAAACACAGUGGCAGAUACGGGUGUGUAAACGGGUUAUAGCCCGAUAGACCGAAAGGUUCGAUAGUCCGAAGGCUUUUUAGUUCGAAGGGUCAUUAGUCCGAAGGCUCGUGAGUUCGAAGGUUCAAUAGUCCGAAGGUUAGAAAGUCCGAAGGGCCCAUACGUCCGAAAAAAAGAAAAAGGUUAAUUAAUCCCAAGGUUCAAUAAUCCGAAUAUACAAGUUCGAUAGUCCGAACUGACAAUAAGGUUCGAUAGUCCGAAUAUACGGUGGGGUUUGAUGA